ACUGUGGUCUAAGUUAAAACGUUGAUUUUUUUAACAGCGCUAGAUUGUUGUUACGUUUCGUUUCGGUCUGGUCUUUUUUAAAACCUCAAGAAUUUGAAUGUGUGUUAAGUUUUCUACUUGGUUUUAUUUAAAAGACUAGUUUGUCUGCAUUUUUGCUGUACGUUGUAUGUAUUGCUAAGCUAAAUAAAAAUAAAUAUUUAUGAAAAUUUAAGAAAAAAAAAUUAAUCAACUUUCGUGGCGCGUCUACUGCUCGCUUGCUGUGUAUAGUUUUUUCCAUUAAAACAACAACUGUUUUUUUUUAUAACCAACCGAAAAUUUUCAAGAUGUUUUACCACCAGCAGCAUAUACAACGAAUACGACACCUGAGCAUAUUUCUACUGUUGUUACUCUAUUUGUCACAAAUCAAAGCUUGGCGACCAUGUCCAGAACUAAGUCCAGCUUUGCGUUUACCCUGCAGAUGCAAUGUUGUUGCUUUCGGCUCAACGGGACAACUUGGUGCAGUGGCCAUGGAUUGUGAUCGUGUUGUAUUUCAUGGUGAAGCUCCACAGUUACCAUAUGGUGCACCCAUAGUUUCAUUCUCUCAGCGUUAUAGCGGUCAGCAAGUAUUGCCGUCACAGCACUUUGGCACACUAAAACUACCCAUGGAAGAAUUGGAUUUAUCGAAUAAUCUCAUUAGACGUAUACCGGAAAAAUCUUUUGUUGGUCUUAAAGAAUCACUAACGGAAUUACGUUUAGCCAAUAAUUUACUGGGCGAUAGUUUAAAUCCGAUAUUUUCUUCAGCCGAAUUUCAUCCACUGAAAAAUUUGAAAUUAUUGGAUUUAUCAGCGAAUAAAAUUAAAUCCAUUGAGGAGGGUCUUCUUAAAGGUUGUGGUGAUUUGAAGGAAUUUUAUAUAGAUCGCAAUAGUCUGGCCUCGGUACCCUCGAAUUCUUUAAAUGGACCCACCGCUUUGAGACAUUUAUCCUUAAGGCAUAACUACAUAACUUCUUUACGCUAUGAAUCGUUUAUUGCCCAGCCCCAAUUGGAGAUUGUCGAUUUACGCUAUAAUGAAAUCAAAACCAUUGAGGGUUUAACCUUUAAGGGUUUGCGUAAAAUACGCGAAAUUAAAUUAGCCGGCAAUCGUAUAACGAACUUAAACAGUGAUGUCUUUGAAAAUCUUCCCACUUUACAGAAAUUAGAUUUAUCCGAGAAUUUUAUACAACAAUUUCCCACGGUGUCUUUAAGACCCAUAAUUAAUUUAAAAUCAUUGAAUUUAUCCUCGAAUAUGUUGCAGCGUUUGGAUUAUACUCAUAUGGAAGUGGUGAAAUCUUUGGAAACUUUGGAUUUAAGUCGUAAUGGUAUUACUACCAUACCCCCGGGCACUUUCCGUGAUUUGACAAAUUUGAAAUAUUUAGAUUUGAGUUUGAAUUCUUUAAGAACGAUCGAAGAUGAUGCUCUCGAGGGCUUGGAAAAUCUUCAAACCUUAAUCAUACGUGACAACAAUAUUCUUCUUAUACCCGGUAGUGCCUUGGGUCGUUUAUCCAACUUAAAUACUUUAUAUUUGGACUUUAAUCGUGUGGCCGCUUUAUCUGCCGAAAUCCUAGGAUCCAUACAAGCCUCCGAUAUAACCACACUCUCUUUGGCUCGCAAUGUUAUACGUGAGUUGCCAACGGGUAGCUUCCAAAUGUUUAGCAAUUUAAGAUCUUUAGAUCUGUCAGGCAACUCACUGGCUGUUAUAAAUGCCGAUAUUUUUAUGGGUUUGGAAACCUCACUAAAUGAAUUGAAAUUGGGACAAAAUCGUAUAACCGGUUUGGGCAAUAUACCCUUGGCUUUAACUGAGUUAAGAAGUUUGGAUUUAAGUUACAACAACUUGGCAGAAUUACCCACUAACAUCUUGCAGGGUUUGGAGAAUUUGCAAUAUUUGAAUUUAAGUGGUAAUCAUCAUUUAGCGCCCAUACCCGCAGCCUUAAUACGUCCUUUAUCACGUCUACAAAUUGUGGAUUUCAGUUUUUGUUCUUUAAAACAAUUAUCGGGAGAUCUGUUUGCCACUUUGCAAGAUUUAAAAAUGAUUUAUUUGAACGAUAACAAUAUACAGGAAAUAAAUGAUGGCAGUUUUGUAGACUUGUGGAAUAUCACCACCAUUGAUUUGUCUAAUAAUCAAAUCACCUCCAUUAGACCGGGAGCUUUUGUUAAUGUAAUGCAUUUGAAAAAACUUAACUUGAGAGGAAAUCAAUUGUCUGCUUUUAAGGGUGAAUUCUUUAAUACCGGUACCGGCAUAGAGGAAUUGGAUAUUUCAAAUAACCACUUAAGCUAUCUUUUCCCCUCCUCGUUCCGUAUACAUCCACGUCUGAGGGUUAUUAUGGCAGCUAACAACAAAUUCAGUUUCUUUCCCGCAGAGCUAAUAUCCACAUUGCAAUAUUUGGAAUAUAUUGACUUGUCACAAAAUCAAUUAAAAUCUAUAGAAGAGUUAGAUUUUGCCCGUUUACCCCGUUUGAGAGUUUUAAAGGUGGCCGACAACCAAUUGGAUAUGUUAAGUGAAAUGGCCUUCCACAAUUCGACUCAAUUACAAGUAUUGGAUUUAUCCAAUAAUGCCUUAGAUCGUAUAGGAGAGAGAACCUUUGAGGGUUUGGUAAGACUGGAAUAUUUGAAUUUGGAAAACAAUAAACUAAACGAACUAUCCGAUUCCGUAUUUGAGAGAUCAAAGUUGCAAAUGUUGGAGAAUAUAAAUUUGGCUUAUAACAGUUUUCAAUAUGCUCCUCUCAAGGCUUUACAAAGACAAUAUUUCUUUGUAUCUUCGGUGGAUUUGAGUCACAACAAGAUUCGAGCCAUUCCCAAUGAUGACAGCAUAAUGGUAAAUAUUAAGAAUUUAGAUUUAUCCUUUAAUCCUUUAUCUAAGGAAGCAGUGAAAAAUAUACUCAAUGAACCGAAAACUGUUAGAGAAUUGAAUUUGGCGGGUUGUGGCAUAGAAAGUUUGGAGGCCUUGGAAACACCUUUCUUGCAGUAUUUAAAUUUGUCACAAAAUAAUUUACAAACCAUACAACCCGAUAUCUUUCAACGCACUACCUCGUUAGAAACUCUGGACUUGGCCAACAAUAAAUUAGAAAACUUAAACGAAUUGGCUUCAGCCUGGCCUAAAUUACAGAAUUUACAAUAUUUAGAUUUGUCCAACAAUAGUUUUGAAAUGAUCCAACAAGGAGACUUUGAGAAAUUAGAUAUGUUACGCACUCUAAAGAUAAAGGGACUUGCCUUGUGUAAUCGCAUAGAGAAAAAUGCUUUUAAGCACACUCCCAAUUUGGCCUCUUUGGAAGCAUAUGAUUUGCCUUUAUUGGGUUAUUUGGAUUUGCAGGGUAUAUUAGAACUCUUGCCCGGUUUGGAAACUUUGGAUAUUGAGGUCAAAGAUUCAUCAAUAGGCACUGAACAAAUACAACCAGCCAAACAUCCCAGACUAAAGGCUAUAGGCAUAAGAGGUGAACGUUUAAAAUCUAUAUCCUCAGGCACUUUGGCGGGUCUUAAGUCCAGCGAUUUGACCAUAAAAUUACAAAAUACCUCUUUAACAGCCUUGCCUCCGGCCUUAUUAUUCCCAGUACCUAGAUCUUCCCACUUAACUUUGGAUAUUGAAGGCUCUAAAGUGGCGGUUUUAGUGCCGCAAUUUCUUAAUGCUUUAGAAGAUCGUAGGUCCAGUUUGCAGCUCAAAGGUUUAUCUUCCAAUCCCAUACACUGUGAUUGCAAUGCCCGAGCCUUAAGAAGAUGGCUGCCCAAUUCACAUAUGACUGAAUUAACCUGCCACUCACCAGCCUAUUUGGCGGGCAAAAAACUUAUAGAAGUAGGAGACGAUGAGUUAACUUGUGAUCCUCGUAAAAUGACUUCGACUACUGCGAGAACUUCGUCAACAAAUAUUUUGAAAUCAUCUUCCCGUCUAGUAACCCGACCACCCACAACCACACCCGAAGAACCUCCCAUGAUAAUAUGGAGUAUGGAGCCUACACAACCACCACCCAUGAAAAUUAAAACUAAAGCUCCUCUUAUGAAAGCACCCAUUAUGACCAAUGAUGAUACUCUUAUUAUUGGAAUAGUAGGAGGAGUGGUAGCAUUUAUAGCUAUACUCAUAAUAAUCAUCUGUAUAGUACGUUUGCGCAUGAGUAAUGCUGAAUACCACAAUGCUCCCGCUAUGAUAGGCAUACCACCUAUGCCCAUGGGCCCGGGUAGCGUGCCCUUGAGUUACAAGGGGCAACCUACAGCGGCCUUAUAUGCCGUGCCUCCCUAUGCACAAAACUACGCUACAUUGCCACACAAACCACCGUCCAUACACCAGUCUACACAGAAUUUAUCCACACGUGCAACACAACAACAGCAGCAACAACAACAAGCCACAUAUUCCUCGAGAAUGUCAUAUUUUGGGGGAUCCACGCCUCAGCAGCAGCAACAGGUGGCCUCAAAUCUAUCGCAAAAUCAACCAUACAUUAUAUAUUCGGACGAUAAAGCUUAUAGAUAAGUUUAAGCUUAAAAGCUUUUAAAAAGUAUAAAGUUUCUUUUGAAUCACAUGGGCGCUAAGUUAAAAAUUUAAAGCGAAAGUGGUUGCUUGACACAACAGACAAAAAUAAACCCCCAUUUCAAACAGUCAAUUAAGUAGGCGUAACAUUUACGCCUUCUUUAACAUAUCCCCCUCCACAAUUUUAAAAAUUACAAAACAAAGAAAAUUUAAUAGAGUUCUUUCACAACCUCUUAAAAACAUUCGUUUAGGUUAACACGAUUGAUAUAUCAAUCUAAUAGAUAAAGUCGUUUGUAUAUAAUUUUAAGCUUUAGUAAAUUAUAAAUCCAAUUGUACUUUUAAUUUUAAACUUUGAUUUGUUAAACUGUCUAGUUAAAAGUAAUUUCAGUUUCAAAUCAAUACAUAAUUUAGUCAACACCUUAAGUACGAGUUUCAAAAAGAUACACUUAACUUAAGCAAAGUAUUUUAUUAAAAUUUAAAUUGGUUUUUAAAUUAUGUUUAUUUUUUUCGUUUAAGUACUUGGAUUAUUAAUGACUAAUAUUUAUAUUUAAAAUAUAUUUUUUUUAAUUUUUAAAAUCUAUACAAUUUGUUUUUAGUUAUUAUUAGAUUUUAGUUUAAGUUCUUUUAAAAUAUUAUUGAAAAAUUAAACACACACAUUAAAGAAAUAUUAUUGUAUAAAUUAAUUUAAUCUUUAUGGAUUUAUAUGUGCAAAUAAUUAAGUACAAUAAAAUGAAAAUUAUUUUUAAUAAAAGAUAAUAAGAUCUGAAAAUUAAA